AUGAAGCCUGAAGACACGCAUGUGGGCAAUGGAAUCUUGGCAACGAAGAGUGAUUUGCCCCAAGGUCAGAAGUCCAACCUGGGUGAGAAGCGUCAGGCCAAUGGGAAUCCCUUAGCAAAUGGGAAAGCCCGGACCUGUGUGAAGCAGGAGACGAAUAGAUUGUGUGACGUGCCCAGAAAAAGUCUCAACACGUACAGCUGGCAGGAGAUCCAGAAGCACAAUCAGGAGGCAGACCAGUGGCUGGUGAUCAAUCGCAAGGUCUACGAUGUCACUCUUUGGGCUGACAAGCAUCCUGGUGGCCACCGGGUCCUCAAACACUACGCUGGGGAAGAUGCCACGGAUGUCUUCAGAGCCAUGCACCUGGAGAGUGAUAAGGUACAAUUGUACCUUAAGCCCCUGCUCAUUGGAGAGCUUGCCCCAGGGGAGCCCAGCCAAGAGAGAAACAAAAAUGCCCAGUUGAUGGAAGAUUUUCAAGAAUUACGGAAGUCAUUAGAGGCUAUGAAGAUGUUUGAUGCCAACUUAGGGUUCUUCUUCCUCCAUUUUGCCCAGAUAUUGAUUUUGGAAGCCUUGGCUUGGUUAAUGCUGUGGUAUUUUGGCACUGGAUGGGCUGUUACAAUAUUUAUUUCUUUUCUCCUCACAAUUUCUCAGGCUCAAAGUUCAUUUUUGCAGCAUGAUGUAGGACACCUUUCCAUAUUUAAGAAGACCAAGUGGAACCACCUGAUGCACAAAUUUGUGAUGUGUCAUCUCAAGGGUCUAUCCACAAACUGGUGGAAUUUCCGACAUUUUCAACAUCAUGUAAAGCCAAAUGUCUACCCCAAAGACCCAGAUAUUGAUGUGGGUCCACUUUUUCUACUUGGAGAAUUGCAACCUGUGAAGUACGGCAAGAAGAAAAUUAAAUACAUCAACUAUGAAAAGCAGCACCUGUACUUCUACCUGGUUGGACUCCCUCUCCUUAUGCCUGUAUAUUUCAACCUUCAGUCCAUGCAAGUGAUGUACCUCCGAAGAUAUUGGGUGGACAUUGCUUGGGUUAGCAGUUUUUAUAUUCGUUAUCUCAUCACAUUUGGCCCUUUUUAUGGAAUCUUUGGAACCAUUUUGCUCAUAUACUUUGUCAAGUUUCUUGAAAGUCCCUGGAUUGCCUAUGUGACCCAGAUGAGCCAUAUACCAAUGAAAAUGAGCUAUGAGGAGAACCGAGACUGGCUUAGCACACAGGUCUUGGCCACCUGUAAUGUUGAUCAGUCCUUUUUCAAUGACUGGUUCUCUGGGCACCUGAAUUUCCAAAUCGAGCACCAUCUGUUCCCGACAAUGCCACGCCAUAAUUAUCACAAGGUGGCACCUCUGGUGAGAUCGCUGUGUGCUAAGCAUGGAUUGCAGUAUGUGAAAAAGCCCAUGUUGAAGGCAUUUGGAGAUAUUACCAGGGCCUUGAAAAAAUCUGCAACCCUCUGGAUGGAUGCUUACUACGAAACAUGA